UGUGAGCGUCCAGGCAGGCGUGAUGCUUGAGUUUAAAUAGUGGAGUUGCUGGUUGGAGGGGACAAGACAGAAAAGAGACACACAGAGGGACACAUCAAAGACACAGCAGCAUGGAUGAAUACGGGGGCGAGCGCAUGAACAUGGACGCGCACAUGGACGUUCACGCGGGGAAAGGAGACCUCCAGAACAGGGUGUUCGUUAACAAGAGUGUGACUCUGGAGAAAAUAAAGUGCUUUGGCUUCGACAUGGACUAUACUCUUGCUGUAUACAAAUCUCCCGAAUAUGAAGGACUGGGUUUUGAGAUGCUGAGAGACAGACUGGUAUCCAUUGGCUAUCCACAUGAGCUGCUGCGAUACACAUACGACCCUACGUUCCCCACACGAGGUUUGGUGUAUGACACGACCUACGGGAAUCUUCUAAAGGUGGACGCACAUGGAAACAUCCUAGUGUGCACACACGGCUUUGUUUACAUGAAAGGAACGGAGAUUCAGGAGUACUACCCCAACGGAUUCAUCCAGAGAGACGACACAGAGCGAUUAUACAUCCUCAAUACUCUCUUUAACCUCUCAGAGACGUACCUGUACGCAUGCCUUGUGGACUUCUUUACCAACACCACCAGAUACCAGAACUGCAAGCAGGGAUUUAGGCACGGCGACCUUUUCAUGUCUUUUAAAAGUAUGUUCCAGGAUGUGCGAGAGGCAAUGAAUUUCAUACAUGACACGGGCUCCCUGAAGGAGAGAACACUGCAGAAUCUGGAGAAAUAUGUGAUCAGGGAUCCCCGUAUCCUCAUAAUGCUGACCCACAUAAAGAAGGUUGCAAAGGUAUUCCUGGCCACCAACAGUGAUUUCAACUACACUGAGGCCAUCAUGAAGUAUUUGUUGGAUUAUCCACCUGGUUCGAAGCACCCAAAAAAGUGCUGGCGAUCGUUUUUUGACCUGGUGGUGGUGGACACAAGGAAGCCAUUGUUUUUCGCUGGGGGGACGGUGCUGAGACAAGUGGACACGAACACAGGGAAGCUAAAAAUAGGGACAUACACAGGAGAACUGCAGCAAGACACUGUCUACUCCGGAGGCUCCUCAGACAUCGUCUGUGACUUGCUGGACGUGAAAGGGAAAGAUAUCCUCUAUGUGGGAGACCACAUAUUCGGGGAUAUUCUGAAGUCUAAGAAGCGUCAGGGUUGGAAAACUUUCCUGGUGGUUCCCGAGCUGGUCAAGGAGGUCCAAGUGUGGACGGACAAACAUGGAAUGUUUGAGGAGCUCAGGCAGCUGGACAUUUACCUUGCCGAGCUACACAAGGAUUCAGACCUCGGAAAUGGAUCGGAUGUGAAUCUUAUCCAAAACAAGAUUAAGAUGGUGACAUAUGCGAUGGAGCUGUGCUAUGGAAAGAUGGGAAGUCUGCUACGCAAUGGCUCCACCAAAACCCUGUUUGCCAGCCAGUUGCUGCGAUACGCCGAUCUUUACUCUGCGUCCUGCAUCAACCUGCUGAACUACCCUCUCAGCUACCUGUUCAGAGCAUCCUUCGUCCUGAUGCCCCAUGAGUCGGCUGCUGACCCGCACGUCAGAGACCGGUCUGCACCGGAUCUCUCAGCCAUCCUCCGAAACACAACCAUCAAGAGGCGGUGUCAGUGCGAUGGCGAGAACUGUGGGCUGGAGAACUGUGAACAGAACAGGAGAACGCAGCCGUAACCAUGGAGACGUGAGCGUCUGAGCGUUUUCAUUUCAACGCCUGGACAGUGAAGGUCCCAGUUGGCUCAGAAUUCACUGAUAACCCCAGAGAACCUACGCAGUAAACUGCACUCCUGCUUUGACCCAGAAAACCCCUAUUUUUUUCCUAAUUAAACCUAUUUGAAGGAACCGGCCACUGAUGGAGAUUAUUGAUGAUGAGCUGUGAAUUCAGUGGCGCUCUUAAGGUGAUUUUUGUACAUUAAUUUCUCUGACAGAAUGUGAAGAUUUAAACCUGAAGCAUUUCAAAUGUCCCAUGGUGGACGGUUGAUGUUACAUCAGGUGCGGGUUAUUUUCCUACAACCGCACGACCCACACUGAUUUAGCAGUGCUAAGGAUGUUUUAUUAAUGAAUUAAUGACUUUUUUUAUGCAAUGGAACGUCUGUUAUUCAAAUUAGUUCCUGUUAUAGCCUCCAUAAACAUCGUUUAUUCACCAGGAUCUUCUUUAUUCAUGAAAAACUAAAAUAUUGUUGCUGUGAUGCUACAGAGACAAUCCUGUAACCUCUCAGACUGUUACAGUCCACUGACACUGGAGACUUCUUGCAUGUUUGUUAAACAAAAACUUCUUUUACAUUAAACUUUAUAGUUACUGUGAAACAA